AUGGCAAACUGCCUCCGAACCCAAACUCGCGUCCCAAAGACAGUCCGAGAGCUCUCAAAAAUCGUCCAAUCCUGCCGGCCAGCCAACGACGCCCGAGUCGAGGACCUCGUCGACCUAAUAGCCGAACUAAGCGACCUCCUCGCCGACGUGAAAGACAACGGCCUACCAGACCCAGUCGAAGCGAUCGGUCGCGCACGCGAUAUUGACACAAGACUCCACGUCUGGAGCCUCGCCCUCCCACCCCAGUGGCAAUGCGCCCUCCGGAGCGCCCCUAAAAAGAAGGGGAAUGUCAUCUCCGAACUGUCAUACAAUGACUACUACUACGUGUACGGCGACCUCUGGGCCUGCAACAUCUGGUCCUACUACCGGAACGCGCGCAUCAUGCUAAACCUCCUCAUCCGCGAUCGCCUCCUCCCCUUCCUCGCGAUUCAACCAUAUCCCGAAUGGAAACCACUGAUGGAAGAAGCAAAGGCGAACAUCGAGCGAUUGUCGGCGGACGUCCUCCUCACCGUCCCCUUCGCGAUCGCCACACAAUACGCCUCGUUUCAACGUGGCGUGAACUGGAGACGCGCGGGUGGUUGUCUGGGCGGGUAUUAUAUUUCCUGGCCAUUGUAUGUUGCAGCAAGUGUGCAGCCGCCGAGGUCGCCGUUGAGAGAGUGGGCCCUGGGGCAGCUUCAGGUUCUGGGGAGUAGCAUGGGGAUUGGGCAGGCGUUGCUUAUGAGGAAGGUACUUACGGGUGAGCUCCAGGCGCAGGCGCUGUCGGUUUAUGAUUAUUGUCAUUCUUAUUAUGAGGAUGGCAAGACUUGA